CGACGAUGACAUCCUCGACGAAGAUACAAUGCAUCGCCCUCAUCUCCUCGACCAACUCCCCUCUCUACAUUCGCUCCUUUGGUCCCUCGGAUAAGCGAGGCGAGGCAGAUCUACGGUAUCACUUUAUAGCUCAUAGUGCAUUGGACCUAGUCGAGGAGAGGGAGACUGCCAAGAAUGUAGAGAAUUACUUUGGGCUGCUGAUGACCAUGGAGGAUCUGGCCGUGUACGGUUUCCAGACUUCUACGAGGACGAAGCUGCUGAUCAUGCUGACCGUCUCGGACAUGGUCGUCAAGGAUCUGGACAUGAUCACCAUCUUCCGCGCAAUCCACACCUCCUACCUCUCGCACCUCUGCAACCCUUUCCACUCCAUCUCUCCCUCUCUCCUCUCCAAGAAUGCACGCUCCGCUCCCCUCCCACCAGCAGAAGCUGCUCUGCCACCGGGGAGGAGAACGAUACAUAGUCCCCUCUUUGAGAGGAGAAUGGAAAAGAUUGCUGCGUGGAACCCGCCUUCCAUGGGUGGGGGAGAGACAGGAGGAGGGGGAGGUGGGGCGACGGGGGGAAGAGGCAAGCAGGGGGAGAUCCCUCCGCCUACGCCGAGUAAGACCUGA